AUGAUUCUGUUUUUAAUUGCAAUAAGGAAUAUUCAUAGUGAAACAAAUCCAUAUCGCCAAUUGCCUCCAUUGCAUACAUUGGACAAUUAUGACGAUUGUUUCAUAAGAUCAGAUGACUCUGCUAAGUAUUGUUUAUUAUUUGGCGAAAUUGAAGCUGAUAAUUCGGAAUUAUGGCAUCAAAUAGAGGAAUAUUCAAAGGACACGGUGCAUCGAUAUCGUCACGAUUAUAUAUUUAUGGGUUUAUGUGUUGAUAAAUGCAUGGAAAUGUUAAACAACUCAGAUUCGAAUAUUCGUAAAAGUAACAUCAAUAACAGACAACAACAUCGUGAUUUAACAACAUACGAUGAGAUAAUACAAUAUUAUCAGAGGAUAUAUAAAACUGAUUCGAAUGUGUUGGAUGUUAGUGAAGAGUACGCCAUUUUGGAUAAAUGUGCCAAUUUUGUAUUUCAAAUCAAAUACAAUUUGACAUUACGCACAUUUGUGGAAUAUUGUAAGACAUAUGAGAAUACAUCAUCAUUCCAAAUAGGAUAUUUGGAGGCAAUUGGUUUUUUGGUAUUGCUAUUAUUGAUAUUAUUCAAUGUUGCCUCGUCGAUUUAUGAUUAUCAUCUAAAGUGCAAACAAACAUCCUCAACACCCGCUACAAGCUUUGAUUAUUAUAGCAAAUCUUUGGAUAGCAAAGGUUCCAUAUUAACAUCUGUGCUAACAUCCUUUUCAAUUGCCAGAAAUUAUAAAAAACUAACGUCAUCGAAUGAUGACCAUCAGCAGUUUCAAUUUACCUAUUUAUUUAGGGUCUUCACUAUGUUCUUUGUAAUAUGGGCUCAUGCAUUAAUGCUUGUCCUAGCAUCACCGCUUGAAAACCCUCUAUUUAUUGAAGAAUUUCUACAACGUUCUGUAACGAUGUUAUUUCAAAAUGGCAGUACUCUAAUACAAAUAUUUUUUAUAUUAACGGGAUUCUUUAUGAAACUAAAAUUUGAUGGGGAGAAGCCAAUUACACCGCAAACCAAAUAUAAUUAUUGUGUAUUGGUGUAUGUUGAUGUAUUUUUACAACGCUACUUAAGAUUACUUCCUUCCCUGGCUCUAUUAAUUCUCUUCAAUGUUACUCUAUUAAGUCAUUUGGGAAAUGGACCAAUGUGGACUCAUAUCGUCGAAGGUGAAAGAGUUUUUUGCUCUCAAUAUUGGUGGAAAAAUAUUUUCAUGAUUAAUAACUUUAUGAUGGAGGAUAGUUGUGCCCAUCAUACAUGGUAUUUAGCUGCAGAUUGUCAGUUGUUCGAAUUGUAUCUGAUAAUAUUAAUAGUCACUGCAAAAUUUAAAUGGUCUAAGAAAUAUCUAUAUAUUCUACUCGGCCUAUGUGCAAUAAUCAUACCAGGUGUACUUACCUAUAAUUAUCAACUGCAACCGAUACCCCGUGCAACUCCAGAAUAUUAUCGUUAUUUCUAUUUUCAAAACUCUGAAACCUAUUACAAAACCUAUUUUCCUUUCUACUGCAAUCUAGGUGGUUAUUUAAUGGGUAUUAUUUGUGCCGAAAUCUACGCCAAUUCUUCGAAAUUUCAAGAACUGAAGCGAGAAUGUGGAAAAUAUGCUGGCCUCCUCAAAGUUCAAGUGCCAUUUUUGUUGAUAAUGAUGGUAAUAGGGUUUGGUAUUUUACUUAGUGGGCUUAUAUUUGAUUCCCAAAGUAUACAGGAGUCUUCCGUGUGGGUAGCCCUCUAUGCGGCGUUCUAUCGCAAUUUAUGGAUCAUUUUCGGGGGAAUUGCAUUAAUGAGCAUGAUAUUGAAAUUUGGAUGGAUUGCAUAUGAUAUAGCAAAUUUAAAUAUAUUUCGGAUUUUGGGAAGAUUGACAUUUCAAAUGUAUUUGUGGCAUAUAAACAUUGUAAGACUAUUAUUUGGAUUUUAUCGCCAACCCUUCUACGUGAAUGCAUUUUUUGCGAUUGGUCAAAUAAUUCUGGCAUUUAUUUUGUCAGCAAUUGUAGCUUUUUUUGUGGCACUAUUGGUGGAAUAUCCCAUGAGUAAUAUUGUAAAUGUUCUUUUUAAAAAAGCAAGGAGGGCAAAAAGCAAAGACGUAGUAGAGGAAAUGAAAUCUGACCCAUAA